CUAGCCCGGAAGUGAGACAUUUAUUGACAAUAUGGCCGUGGACCUGCGCUUGGAUUUGGGGAAAAUUGGGAUUUGACAGCGGGACUGCGAUAUAAAACCGUUUCCACCGUGGGCGUGUAAGGAACAGGUGCAUUUGAAUGAAGGGAGCCGUGAAUCCACGGGACGGUGUCAGUGAGCUGAGGAAACGUCCAGAGCGCGAAAGCCGUCAUGUCGUUUUUCAAGAGGAAAGCCAAAAGCAAAGAACCUGAGAGAGUUACAGAUUCUAAAGUCAAUAGAGCUCCAGCCAACCCUCACUCUCCUUCAUUAGGACUUCGGAACCACCAUGCCAUCCAGGAAGCUGCAGGGCCCAGCCAUGUGGCAAUCAACGCCAUCUCUGCCAACAUGGACUCCUUCGCCCGAGGUCGCACCGCCAUCCUCAAGAAACAGCCAAGCCACAUGGAGGCCGCACACUUUGGAGAUUUGGGUCAUUCCAGUGUAAACUAUCUGCCACAGGAAACUCGCUCUCGUUUAUCCAAGACGUUGGACCAGGUCCUUCAAGACAAUGUGGCAAUGCCCCACUACAUGCAUUUCGUGGAAUUGCAGGGUGCUGACCACAUGGUUCGGUUCUGGCUGGAGGCUGAGAGUUUCCGCUCCACCAGCUGGUCUCGAAUCAGAGCACACAGUCUAAACUCUGUCAAACACAGCUCCUUGGCUGAGCCCGUCCCCACCUUGCCAGAUGGUUUAGAACACCAAGCAACAGCCCCACACACACCCAACACUCUCUCGCGGGACAGUAGCAGCGAAGGUUCCUGGGUGCCGACAGAGCGGCAGGAGUUCUCAGGCACAGACACGGGCUUGAGACCAGGCACUCCUCGAGCAGAAACACCCAGCAGGCAGGCAAACUCCAGGACAGGGACUCCCUGUAAGGUGCAGUCUAACAGCACCCUGCGAGACCUCUCUGACAAACUCAUGAAAAGUAUAGAGAAAGACGCAGUCACCAUCUUCACCAAGUACAUCUCCCCAGAUGCUGUGAGGCCGAUUCCCUUCACAGAACAGAUCAGAAACGACAUAGUUGCAAAGAUCUGUGGAGAGGACGGCAUGGUGGACCCGAACUGCUUUGUCAUUGCACAAUCGGUCGUCUUCGCCAUCUUGGAGCAGCAGCACUUUAGUGAAUUCCUGCGGAGCCAUCAUUUCUGUAAAUACCAGAUAGAAGUGUUAACGAGUGGCUCGGUGUUCCUCGCUGACAUCUUGUUUUCUGAGUCAGCUCUCUUCUACUUCUCAGAGUACAUGGAAAAGGAAGAGGCGAUGAAUAUACUGCAGUUCUGGCUGGCGGCAGACAACUUCCAGAAUCAGCUCGCUGCUAAAAGGGGCCAGUACGAUGGUCAGGAGGCUCAAAAUGACGCCAUGAUUCUCUAUGACAAGUAUUUUUCACUCCAAGCUACUAACCCUCUAGGCUUUGGCGAUUCUGUGCGGAUGGAAAUAGAGUCAAAUAUCUGCAGAGAGGGCGGGCCUCUCCCCGACUGUUUCAACACUCCACUCAGACAGGCCUGGACAACCAUGGAGAAGGUGUACAUGCCAGGCUUCCUGUCUAGCAACCUUUACUACAAAUACCUGAGUGACCUCAUCAACUCAGUGCGGGCGGAUGAAUUUGUGAAUGUCAACACUCCAGGUCAGAGCGGGCCCGCGGACAACGACCGCUCAAGUUCAAAUGCCAGUGAGGGCUCUCAGACUCAGCAAGGUGCAAGAAAGGCAGUGAUCAAAAUCCUGAAGAACUUUGAUGAGGCGAUCACCGUGGACGUCGCCAGCCUGGACCCUGAGUCCUUGUACCAGCGACCAUAUGCUGGGAAGAUGACGUUUGGGAAGGUGAAUGAGCUCGGCCAGUUUAUCAGGGAGGCAGAGCCAGAGCCCGAUGUGAAGAAAUCCAAAGGCUCCAUGUUUUCUCAAGCAAUGAAGAAAUGGGUUCAAGGCAACUCCGAUGAGGCACAGGAAGAGAUGGCGUGGCAGAUUGCCAAGAUGAUCGUCAACGACGUUGUCCACCAGUCGCAUCACGACAGCCCUGGCAAAUCCACCAAGUUAUGACCCUGCAGAUGAUCCAAAUAAAAACGUCACUCACUCCCUGCUAGCAUCAGCCAGGACAGUGACAAACCUCGCACAGGGUUCACCUGGUAACGAACUGCAUCAUUUUGAGAACAAACAAGGCUUUCUCUUAUCAUCACCUCCCUGAACACCAAGUCUCCACGCCAACAUGUGUAUGUGGUUGAGAGCUUGAGUGAGUGAUUGGGCUGAUGGACAACUUGAAGUUCAAAACUCCAUAAUAACACUAUAAAGGUACACGUGUAGUCAGGAAUAAAGCACCAGACUGAAGGAAGUCCCUCCUCACGAUGGAGACGUUCAACACAAAGCUGGAAGAAAGAAGCAGCAUCUCCAUCGGGACGCUCACCGCGCUGCUGUAGACGUAGUGUUUGUACAGUGUCUCAUCUCGGACCUAUGGAGGAUGAAAAAAAAACAAAGACUGAAUUUCCCUCGCUCCCUGAUGCCACACCUGCUCACACCUUUUUUUAUAAGCAUUCCUUGUUUUUAGAUGAACGGUUGUCGUAAGGGACGACUGGUUAAGUAUCAGUUCAGGAGGGGGUUGUACAACUUUUACAUACGCUUCUCCUCCACCUGCAUGGAGUGGUUUUUGCUGCUGCUGGUGCUCCCUCGUGUGAGCUGUGUUACCUUGGCUGUUAAAGCUGCAGUCGGCAGGUUUGCUGGGAAAAAUAAUUGAUUGUUUAGGUUCACCCGGGCGUUAAGAUUCUCACGUUUUAGGAUUGCAGCACUAAUUUAAAAGCGGAACUAUGCAGUAUUUUUGCCCUAAUUUAACAGCUUCGGAGUCAUUGUGAUGGUUAAAUGUCUUGUAAAGUGUCUGUAAGCGGAAAACCAACCUUGCAAGAUCAGGGCCGCCGUCCCGGAGUCCUCCUAAUCAGGAGGUUGCGCAAAACAUUUAUUGCUUUACGUCACUACCCACACACGUACAGUCUAUCCAGGUACCUGCUAUUCUCACCAUGCGAGGGCACACACAAGUAAAUAGUGGACUGGCUUGAAAAACACCGAAGCAUGCAAAACGGAUGCCGACAGCAUGGACAUGGUCUCCACAGCUUAUAUUUGCUAGACAAUGGAUGGAUGAAUGUUUUGGAUGGUGUCGUAAAAACUCCUAAACUAUAGGGGGAGCUCCAGAGAGACCUGAGGGAAUCUCUAUAUCUUUGAAACUCUCUGCUGAUAUUGUCAGACAUCAGAUUUGCGUUACAGUCCGACUCUUUUAGACUUUUUUCUUUCUUUUUUUUAAAGGUUUCUUUGUACUGUUGUCGGUUUUUGUUGGUGCUGGAGUAAUAAUCAUUCCAUCAACGUGAACUGUAUGCAGAGUAGGCGCUUUUCUCUCUGACAGGCUCUGUGAUUUGGUCAGAUCCUCUGUUCUCUCUCUCUCAGAUUCCUUGAUGUACUUCGGAUUUGGGGUGACGGUUGAGCGCAGGUGUAUAUCAGCGUUGUAGUAGUGAGCAAGCACACACUCACAAGAUGGCGACGGUUCUUCACUGGUUAGAUAAUGAACAGGGAGGGAGAUAAUCCAGUAGAGAAGGGUGCUAGCAAGCUAAUGCAAUUUUCCUAACUUGCAAACCGAGACGCUCUGGCACUGUCUUCUCUGUGCCAAAUAUCCCGCUUCUUCGCGUUUUUUUGUGUUUCGAUACAGGCUGUGUGUGGAGAGGAGGAAAUCUGUUUGUAUGUGUGAGGGAGAACGAGAGCUGACUGAUAAAUUGUGUUUUUAAAUUGUGUUGAGAAAAAAAUCAGUCAAUCAAUUUGUGGCAGCCCUUCACGCAUUGGUCAGUGUAUGGGAAACACUGUGUUAUCCUGGAAUAAUUGAUCAAACCUGCUUACUGCACCUUUAACUGUACGUACUGUAGAACGUCUGUGAACUAUGAAACAGAAGUGGUUUCCGAUCCAGUUCUUGGGCUCGAUGACCCCCCCACGGUAACCUUCUGGCACCUUCUCAGAUUAUAGAAGAAAUACUCCCUAAUGAAAUGAAGUGCUCCAUUUUGUUUUGGAAAACUUCAAACUCCAUGUCCUUAAAUGUUUCUACAUUUCUGGUUUGCCCCAUAUAUCAACGGGAGUCCUUUUUAUGGCGAUCAAAGUUCAAUUAAUAAAACCUUUUUUUUAAUUUCUGUUUAGCCUUUCCAAGAUGUGGCAAAGAACCAGAAAAGACUCUUGGUACUAUGUACCACUAAUGUUCUCUGACAUGUAUGUGUAUGUAAUCUAUAAUAUAUUUAAAUUGUGUUUGAUUUAAAU